CACGGCAGUUAAACACGUUCAGUUUGUGUAAUAACCGCCCGCCGCGAACACAACAGCGAUCGGCGCGGCGUUUAGGAGGAAAGCGUCGCGUCUGAGCGUUACUGUCUCACGCACAACAUGGAACAGAGGACGCUAGUUAGAAAACAACAGCGCAUGAGGCAAAAACAAGCGCGGGCACCCGCAACUUCACACUGACAGCGAUUUAAAAGCCUUUGUAAAAGUUUCGCUGACGCGCGCGUGACGUUGGACGAGUCAAAUGUAACAGGCGAGUUUGUUUGUUUGUCUUUAAUAAUUAAAAUCGGAGGGAAGUGUAGGUUGGCAUGGGCGCCAAACAGAGCAGUCCCGCUGCCAACGGGCGCACGCGAGCGUACUCGGGCUCGGAUCUCCCGUCGAGUAACGUUAGCGGCAGAACGGCUGCGAUGAGAUAUCACCCGCACAGCACAUCAGGUGCUACUUCAUCAUCAUCAUCAUCAUCAGCGGCAGUGGCUUCUCACUAUACCAGGACGCGCUCCGUGGGGGGUGGCACCGGUGGCCCGGGCGUGCGACCCCAGUCGGGCAUUAAUAUACCGAACUCCGGGGCGUAUAGCUCUCAAGAGUCCGGUAACAGCACACCGGAGGAGAACGGCGGGGAGAGAGAGCGGUCAACCGGCACCCCGAGACUGUUGAUUGGAUCUUUACCUGCUCACCUGUCGCCUCAUCUCUUUGGAGGUUUCAAGUGCCCCGUCUGCUCCAAGUUUAUCUCUUCAGAUGAAAUGGACCUUCAUCUGGUCAUGUGCUUGACAAAACCAAGAGUGACGUACAACGAGGACGUCCUGUCGAAGGACGCAGGAGAAUGUGCAAUAUGUCUGGAGGAUCUGGUCCAGGGAGACACCAUCGCUCGCCUGCCCUGCCUCUGCAUCUAUCACAAAGGCUGUAUUGAUGAGUGGUUUGAAGUGAACCGAUCGUGUCCUGAACAUCCUUCAGAUUAAAAGCGUCACUCUCACCUUUGCACAGCCUCCUGGUCGUGAGAAGCGACGUGUCCCACUAGCGGACAGCAAUGUGAAUUCUCUUCCUCCUCACAGACACUGUGAUUUUGGUCUCUUCAGGCCGAGCAGGACGGCCUGAUCACAGAACGCCCCUCUCUUCUCGUAGCACGACUCUCCCUAGUCGCCAUACAAACCCUAGUGUGCCAAAACUCAUUCAGGGAAACUCUUUCCACAUCACAGACCUAUGAAAACCACAAUAGAGGAUGA